UCACUUAACUUCCUUAUUGCCGUCACCCAAUGAUAUUGAAUGAGGCUGGCCAUGGAGCGCACCUCACUCAACUGAAAGAGAAAGUAAAACUCUCUGAGGGAAGUUACUCCAUUAUCCUGCUUACCGUUCAGCAGCAGCACGGGCAUGCUGUGUCAUAUAAACUGACCCUCAAAAGUUAGUAGUUAUCGAUUGUUUAGGAAGACAGAAAGACAGAUCAAGUGCUGUGAAGUUCAUCUGAGGUCACGAGGAAGAAAACAUGUCGCGCGGGUCCAACGCAGGUUUCGACCGACACAUCACCAUCUUUUCACCGGAGGGCCGCCUCUACCAAGUCGAGUAUGCUUUCAAAGCCAUCUCCCAGAGCGGGUUGACUUCAGUGGGAAUCCGGGGGACAGACAGCGUUGUGGUGAUCACACAAAAGAAAAUACCUGACAAGCUGCUGGAUUCCUCCACUGUGACCAACAUGUUCAAACUGACCCCUCGCGUCGGCUGUGUGAUGACUGGACACAAUGCGGACAGUCGUUCCCAGGUUCACCGGGCGCGAGUGGAAGCAGGAGAAUGGAAAUAUAAGUUUGGUUACGACAUCAAUGCAGACAUGUUGUGUCGUAGGUUGGCUGAUAUCUCCCAGGUCUACACGCAAAAUGCUGAAAUGAGGCCUCUUGGCUGCUGUAUGAUCAUGAUGGCUAUGGACCCUCAGCAGGGUCCCGUCCUGUACAAAUGUGACCCUGCAGGCUACUACUGUGGCUUCAGAGCCACAGCAGUUGGCGCCAAACAGACAGAGGCCAACAGCUACCUGGAGAAGAAACUGAAGAAAAAGCCUGAGCUGACUCAUGACAGGACGGUGCAGUUGGCUAUAUCCUGUCUGGCCUCUGUGCUGUCCAUGGAUUUCAAGGCCAGUGAGCUGGAGAUCGGUGUGGUCACCAAAGAAAAACCUAAGUUCAGGACACUGUCGGAGGCAGAGAUAGAAACCCACCUGGUUGCCAUUGCAGAACGGGAGUAAAGGUGCCCCAACAAACAUCCAAGAUUCAUCGUAGUAUUUCAUUUUCGGUGUGCUUGAUUUAGCCCAAUUUAAAAACACUGCUACCUACAAUCUGAAAUCCAGAAGUACACUAGCUUACACUUGGUGUACGCAGGAAGCUUAAUCAUGCACACCUGAAGAAGAAACUCUGUUAUAAAGGAUUGCUGUAGGUUUGAUUCAUAGUAUUUUACAAGACAUUUCUGGUGGGCUUUUUUAUUCAAUAUAGUAACAUGGACAGACAUUGUGUAACUAGGUUUAAAUAUCUGAUUUGGCAUAUUGAUCAACUUGAGUGGACAAGACAAGCUGUGACAUCUUGCCUCCAUAAUUCUUCAAAACAUUCUUCAAUGUUUAAAAUGAAGUGUUUCAGGUAUUUGUCAUGACAGCCUCUCCAUUUGUUAGGAUGUGUACAGAAUAUUUGUCACAUAUCUUAUUUAAUACUGUAAGUUUAUAACACCACUCUUGUAGUCACUGCCACACUUCAAAAAUUGCAAUAAAAAUUGUCCAUUGGACUCAUUGUCAACCAA